AUGUCCUCCUCCUUCAACGCACGCGCCGUCCAAGGUGCCAUCUACGCUGAUGGAGCAUACGGCCGUCUACCCCGCGUUCCCGUCGAGCCCGACCUCCUCGCCGCCAAGGCAGAAAAGCACCUCACCCCAGAAGCAUGGUGGUAUGUCGCGGGUUCCGCUGGCCAGCAACGCACCGCCAAGGCCAACACGGCUGCCUUUGAUCGCUACCCGAUCGUCCCCCGCAUGCUCCGGGAUGUCAAGAACCGCUCACUCGGGGUCGAGCUGUUCGGCCAUUCGUACUCGUCGCCCCUUCUCUUCGCGCCUAUCGGUGUGCUGGAGAUGGCGCAUCCUCAAGCCGAACGUGCGGUGGGCCGCGCGGCGAAGGCGCUCAACAUCCCAAUGGUCCUCUCAACGCAGGGGUCCACGCCCAUGGAGGUCACCUCUGCCGAGCUUGGCGAAUCACCCAUGUGGUACCAGCUCUACUGGUCCAACAACGACGAAUUUGCGCGGUCGCUCGUCCAGAGGGCUGAGAAGUGUGGGGCCCACGCCAUUGUCGUCACUCUUGACACUCACUGCAUGGGUUGGCGCGUCAAGGACCUGGACCUUGGCUUCCUUCCCUUUGCACGCGGCAUGGGUAUCGCGCAGUACACGUCUGACCCCGUGUUCACCGACCUGGUCAACGACCGUAUCAAGAACAAAGUCGCUUCGGCCCUGCCCAAGCAAAGCCCCACGCUCGGUGCCAUCUGGACGCUUGCAAGCAUCAUCGGUCACUACCCUGGUCGCCUCGUCGACAAGCUCUUCUCGGGCCAACCCCGUGCGGCUGUGGACACCUUCCUGGACACCUUCCCUUGCCCAAGCCUGACGUGGGCAGACAUUGCCAAGCUCCGCGCUUGGACCACCCUUCCCAUCGUGCUCAAGGGUAUCCAGCACCCAGCCGACGCCCUGCUCGCCCUCGAGCACGGAGUGGACGGUAUCAGCGUCUCCAAUCACGGUGGACGCCAGGUGGACGGCGCAAUUGCCUCUCUGGACGCGUUAGAUGCCAUCGCGCGUGUUGUGAAGGGCAAGGUGCCGAUCAUCUUCGACUCAGGCAUCCGCAGUGGCGCAGACGUGUUCAAGGCCCUCGCGCUCGGUGCUGACGCGGUCAUGGUGGGACGUCCAUGGCUGUUUGGCCUGGCAAUUGACGGUGCCGACGGCGCAAAGGCCGUCAUGGAGCGGAUCCUGGCAGAGCUAGACUUCACAAUGUCGCUGUCGGGCGUGUCGAGUGUCAAGGCGAUUGGAAGGGAGUGUGUCGUGGUUCCCAAGGAGCCCGUGUUGGCGCUUCCCGCGGAGAAGAAGGACGAAGAGUAG